AUGGUUAAACCCGUGUCUGACGGUGAUGAUUGUGAUACAAGAUCUGUUGACCAGACUUUACGACCAUACUUUCCAGCGGAUACACAUAAAGGCCUGGUCGAUAUAGAGAAAAGGCCUUGCCUACCGUCUGAGGAUGUAGGCUGCACUCCGGUCUGCGACACGUCAGAAUCAGAUGGGGAGGUUUCAGAUUUGAACAAAGUCGACUGGGAUGGACCGGAUGAUCCCAUGAAUCCGUACAAUUGGCCCAUGACCAAGAAAACUUCCAACGUUCUAAACAUAACAUUGAUUACCUUCCUAACACCCCUUGGAUCCUCCAUGUUCGCCCCUGGCAUUAUGGACGUCAUGCGCGAGUUCAAAAGUUCAAAUCCAGAACUCGCGUCGUUUGUUGUGUCUGUUUAUCUAGUGGGAUAUGCAUUUGGCCCACUGAUUAUCGCUCCACUUUCAGAAUUAUAUGGACGAAUGUAUCUCUACCAUUCCUGCAAUGUGCUUUUUGUCAUCUUCAACAUCGCUUGUGCUCUGGCACCCGACCUUGGCUCACUUAUUGGCUUUCGUUUCUUGGCCGGCGCAGCCGGCAGUUGCCCUUUGACAAUCGGAGCGGCCUCAUUAGCAGAUAUGAUUACGCAAAAAAAGAGAGGAGCCGCUAUGGGCGCGUGGGCUAUUGGACCACUCAUCGGUCCAGUCGUCGGCCCUAUUGCAGGGGGAUACUUAACUGAAGCGAUGGGGUGGCGGUGGACGUUUUGGAUUCUUGCUAUAGCGUCCGGUGCUGUCACCCUUAAUACUUUUAUUUUUAUGACUGAGUCGUGUCACUCUAUCCUUUUGGAACGGAAAACGAAGCGCCUUAUCAAAGAAACUGGCAACUUAAACCUGAAAUCCGUUCUUGACACGGGUAAAACCACCAAAGAACUCUUUCUUUUCUCUAUUGUCAGGCCGACAAAAAUGCUCUUUAUGUCCCCGAUUGUAUUUCUGAUAUCGCUCUUCACGGCUGUGAUUUACGGCUACAUUUAUCUUCUUUUCACCACCUUCACAAGCGUUUUCGAGAGGCAAUAUCACUUUUCCAAAGGUAUUACUGGACUCGCAUUUCUCGGCAUUGGUGUGGGAUCAAUGCUAGGUCUUGUUGUCAUUGGAACAACAUCAGAUCGUAUUCUCCAAAUCCUAGCAAAGAAGAACAAUGGCGAGCUAAAACCUGAAUACCGAAUCCCGCUAAUGAUUCCCGGGGGCCUUUGCAUUCCGAUCGGGCUAUUCUGGUAUGGGUGGACAGCGGAGAAAGGUGUGCAUUAUGUUGUACCCAUCGUUGGCACCGGGUUCGUGGGUGUGGGGAUGAUUUUAAUAUUUAUGACUGGAUCAACCUACCUCGUCGACGCAUUUACCCAGCACUCUGCCAGUGCCAUAGCUGCUAACACCGUCCUCCGUUCCCUUGGCGGUGCUGUUCUCCCACUCUGUGGCUUGAAGAUGUACCGCGCCCUGGGCCUUGGAUGGGGGAAUUCUUUGCUGGGAUUCAUUGCGCUUGCAAUGGUACCGAUUCCCUGGUUCUUCUACCAAUACGGAGAGAGGGUGAGAACGAGCAAGAGAUUCCGUGUUACCUUUUAG